AUGAUUUUAGCUCAACGUGCUCCUGAUAGUGGGGUAGCCACUGCGAUAGCAUCUGCAAAUCAACAUAAGAAGUUUAAGAGAAUGUUGUUAUUUGCUUUUCGUUCUCUCAGUGAUUUCUGUGUACCCCCAACAUUGCUAUAUAAAGAAAAUUCCUUUGAUGCAAUGAAUCGUGGUAUCCUACCAUUAAUGGGUGAUUCUCUUAAGCAAUUUCCAGACGAUGAAGAUAUUUCUGUAAAUUGUAUGAGAAUUCUAUUUGGUAUCUCUGAAUUUAUGAAGGAAGUUCAAGAUAAUGAAAUAAAUCAGAUGUUCAUUAAAGAUGAAGGUCCAAAUACAGUGAUGACAGCAACUUUAGCACUUAUAGAGUCUAGUGAUUCGUCUAUAAUUCAUAUUAUAUGUAUUACGCUAGAGAAUUUAUUUCGAAUUGGAGUUAUUGGUGCUGAUUUAGUUGCAUCGUCUACUGUUAAGUUCUAUGACAAUAAAUAUUUGUCAAGUACCGAAUUAUCUGAAUUGACUGGGUUACUAACUGUUGUUGCUAAUACAGGGAAUGGAGCUACAGCACUAGCGAACGCUGGUAUCGGUACAAAAUCGCUAAAAUUUGCCCAGAAUUGGACAAAAACUGAUAAUAAUUCAAUUAUCUUAAUAGAGAAUUGUCUAGAAAUUGUUAAAUUAUGUGCAAGCUGUGGAGAUAUACCACCAGAUGCAUUAAAAUCAGUAGUGCAUAUAGUUGAUCAAUAUAGAAAUCAUCGCAGCAUAACAGAAAAAGGAGGUUCAUGUUUGGAAAUUUUUAUGAACUCACAGAAAUUAAUGGAAUGUUUAGUUAUAAUACGUUCACCUACUUCAGAUAUUACUCAAAGGGAUGAUGCCUUAACGAUGUUAUCAGCAAUGGCUUAUGUUUCAUCUUUUGCAGAUGAAAUAACAAGACAAGGUGGUAUUUCAAUGGUAGUAGAGGCACUGAAACAAGGUAUAUCAGAGUUUCAACAGGGUGGUGAUAGUGAACAUUUAGUAAAGUCAAGUCGAAUAUUGAUUGGUUCUUUACGUGUUUUGGCACGUGUAGCAUCAAAUCCAGCAAGUAUAGAUGAAUUAGUUCGCGCAGAUGGAAUUUCUACAAUUUGUAAUGCAUUUUCUAUAUGUACAUCUAAUUUAGAGAUUGAAACUGCUGCUUGUCAAUCUUUAUAUCCACUAUUUAUUAGAGAGACUACAGCUAUUUCAGCAGCACCUGUUGUUGGUGAUCUACUUCAGCUAUUUUAUUCUAAUGUUGAAAAUGACAAGGACUUUACUAAAUGUGCUGCUGAUUUGUUAGCUGCAGCAUCACAGCAUGCCUCACUUGCAGAGGCAUUAAUAAAUGUUCAGGCAGUGGAAAUUUUAGCAACUUGUUUAAAUUAUUAUUGUGACGAUGCAUCAUACCAAUUUGCAUCUCUGAGUGCUUUGAAUAAUCUUGCUCCAUUUAUUAAAACUUUAAAGUCAAUAACUGAAUUUGGAGGUAUUUCAGGUAUUGAAAAAUCAAUCAUGGCAAAUAUUAAUGAUGAAACUUUAGUAGUCACUGCAACUCAGUUGGUUGAGAAACUAUCUACAAUAACAGAUAGUGCAACUUAUUUAAACCAAGGAGAUAUGGUAGAUACUAUUCUUGAAGCUAUGCUUGUACAUAAAAAAAAUAGUUAUAUUCAAGACGCAGGUCUUAAUAUUUUAGAGGCUAUUGCUACUGAAAAAGAUGUAAAUCGCCAUAUUUCUAAUCUCCCUAAAGUUGCCACUACAGAUCCUAAUGCUGCAUAUAAAGAUCUUGCAGCAAUCUCCGGUUUAUGUAAAGUAUCUUCAUUAACACCAUUAUUUGCAACAUUAAAUAUAUCUGAUGAUAUUUUGGAAUAUACAAGAAAUUGGAUCGCUGCAAAACCUUUUGAUCAACAAGAGAAGUUAAUUUCAGCAGCUUUUCAAACAAGUAUUUUACGUUGUGAAUCUUCAUCCGAAGAAUUAGGUCGAAUAAUUAUUCAAUUACUAGAGAUUUCAGUUUUACCUCAGAUGAAGAUAUUUGCAGAACAUAAUACUAGUGAUAACCCUGUUGUUGAAAAUAUGAAAGCUGUAAAAAAUUUAGUAUCUACAAAUCGCAUUGGUGACAAGAAUUUAGUUGGUGUUGUGAAUGCUCUUGUUAAUACUAUUAGAAAAUAUAUAGAGAAUAGAGUUGUUCAAUUACAGUGUAUGAAGAUAUUUGCUCUAAUUGCUGAAUCUGAGACAGGUGCAAGAUGUGAAGUAGAUAAUGGUGUUAUAAAAGUUUGUUUGGCAUUUCUACAAAGAACUAAGGUUCUUAUUGAAUGUCAAAUUGCAGGUUUUACUUUGUUAUCUCUUCUUGUGCGUUAUUCUCCUGAUGCAGUUGAAAUAAUGAGGAAAUCUGGUGCUAUUGAGAUUGUACAGGGAGCAAUGAGACUGCACAAUAAAAAUUCUGAGUUACGUUUAAUAAUAGCACCAUUAGCUCUUGCAUUAGUUCCAAUAGCAGAAAUAAGAAGAAUAAUUUCUGAGAAGGUAGAGACUACUAAGUCAGCCUUAAAGUCUGGCGAUUUGAAAACUAUUCUUGAGGCUUUAAUAGUAUGUAAUGAGUUGUCUGUUACACCUGAAGGUGCAAAAUUUGCUAUAUCAGAAGGUUUCUCUCAAUUAUUACCAGAAAUAGCUAAUCUAGCUAUAAGUAAAUUUAGUAGUGAAACAGAAGUUGCUCAAUCUGUUCUUUCUGCCAGUUCAACUUUGGCUUCUCUUCUUUCAGUUCCAAGGAUAGGAAAGGUUGCUUUAGUAAAGAAUAAUGUUGUGCCUACACUAAUAAGUAUUUACAAGACAAUGUCACAAUGUACUUUAACAGAAGAGUUAGAGACUGGUUUAGUUGACAACUUAGUAGCAUUGGCAACAUUAGUCAAAUUUGAUAUUAAAGCAGCUGAGUCAUCAUUUGAUGGAGGAGCUGUUCUUCUGAUAUGUACAAGUUUAGAUCAUUUCCAAAAUAAUGAAAGAAUUUUGGGAUCUGCAUGUAGUGCUAUUGCAGCUAUGGCCACUACACCAAAACGUGUUCAAGCUUUACUUGCCGAACCAUCUUUCAAUAGCUUGUUGACAAAAUUGAUACAAACGAUAAAUGAAAGUACUAAGGCCGAGGUGCGUAUUCGUUGUCUUAAUGCAAUUAAUGACCUUAUUAGCAGUCAUGAUACAUCACUUAUACAACUUACCACAGAUCUUGGAAGUAUAAUAGCAGCAUUUGGAAUUAUUGAUAAAUAUCCUUCAGAAACAGCUCAGAUAAAACCAGCUUGUAGAGUUCUCAAUUCAAUAGGAAAUUAUGUUGAUCUACGUGCAUAUUUUGAGCAAGACCUUCAUAGAUGUAUUGAAAUUGCAUUGAGAGCACUAGAAUUGCAGAAGAAUGAUGAGGAAUGCGUAGAAGAAUUGUUAACUCUUAUAAAUAAUUUGACUAACAGCUCAGAUCAUUCAUUAUUGAAAGAUUGUGCUAUUGUUGAAAUUUUGCAAAAUAUCAUGACAUUACAUAACAAUAAUCCAAGUAUAAUAAGUAAAUGUGGUGAGAUAUUGUCAAAAUGUGGUGCUGAUGAAGCAAUAAAGACUCUAAUGAUUAGAAUUGUGAACACUCAACAAGCACAAGGACCUGAUUGGACACGAGAGCUGGAUCAGCUUUGUCGCCAAUUAUCUGUAUUUGUUGCUGCUCAACCAGAAAAUCCAGAGGAUGCACUACAGUAUACAGAAGCAUGUUUGCAAUCAUUAGUUGCUGCAAUUACAGCAGAUCCAACAGAUAUUAGGCUACUUUCAAGCAUUGCAGUAUUAACACAAAGAAUAAGUGACCGUGGAUUUGAUAAUUCUGAAGAUUCAUUUGGGGCAUGGGCUGUUGCAAGCUCAGGCAUGAUGCAGCAAAUAGGAGAUAUAAUUGAAGAUACAUCAAGUAAAGCUCUCUCUGCAAAAAGAUUUGUUACAUCAAGUGUUCGUGUAUUAUCUGGCUGUGCAAACAAUCCCUAUACAAGGAAUUAUAUUAUUGAAAGAUGCAAUAAAGGUACAUUUUUGGCACAUAUUGAUGAACUAUCAACUAGAUACCAAAGUGAUCCAGAGGUAUUAGCAACAAUACUUGAAUUUUUGAGAAUUCUUGCGGAUGAUAAACAAGGUGCAGAAUUAGUUGCAAAGAUGAAGAUGGGUGAUAUUAACAAUUUAAUGGAAAUUAUAAGGAAACAACGCAAAAGUGAUAAUAUUGUCUCUGAAGGACUAAAUUUAGUAGGAAAUUUAAUUGUCAAUGCAAAUGCUGAUUCUUCUGCCAUAUCAUCCAUAAAUGGAUUACAUGAAGCUGAAGGAUUUAUUGAAGGAUCAUCGAAACCAGAUAUUAGAGAAAUUGCUUUAUGUAACCUUGUAUCUAAGCUUCUACAGUCUGGCAAUCAAAUAUCUGAUAAGGGAUUUUUAAGUCGCCAGAUGCGUCGCUAUAAAGCUUUUGAUGAGGAUCAAGGUAUUCCAGAAAUUCGUCGUCAAAAUUUAGCUGUUGCAAUAGCAAAAUUGAUGAGUACUUCAAUAACUAAUGAUCCCCAGCAAGAUGCAUCGAAAUCAGACAUCACUUCUGAAAUUACUUCAAUGCUUCAGACAUAUCCUAAUUCAGGAGAGGUUGUUCGCGAAAUAGAAGGAGUACUUCAAAAAUUAGUACAAGUAGAUGAAAAUGCUGCAUCUGUUACAUUAAAUUCUAUAAUGCCAAUACUUUCGACAAGUUGUUCACAAGUGAUAUCAUCGGAUCCAUAUGCAGCAGAUUCUACAGCAGACCUUCUUUUGACACUUGCUCAAUUGCAAGGAGUUGGUUCUCAGAUGGGGAAACAACAGGAAGUUGAAGAUCUUCUUGAUUAUAUAACCCAAUUGGGAGAUUACUACGGAGAUGAGUUUGGUCAACAACUUAAAGAUAAAGUUGAAGCUGUCAAAAAUGCUAUAGCAGCAGAUAUUCCUCUUGAAUUGUCACUUAAAAUUAUUUAUGAAGUAUUCCAGAAGAGAAUAUCUGAAGAGCAAACUUUAAAUUAUACUGAGUCUGCUCUCAUACAGGAGAAAAUUGAAUAUCUUAAUAAUAGAAUGUGUGAAUUAGUUUCUACUUCUAUGGAUGAUGCUUUAGCUUCUGAUUUCUUAUAUGGAUGUAUGGCAAUACAUCUAAUCUCUAAUAUUCGUGAUGAUAUCGAGUUCUUAGUAGAAAAUCAGUGGCCAAAAACAAUGUUAUUAAGUAUACCAAACCAAAGAGAAGAUGUCCAACAAAGUCUUAUUAAUGCACUUGGUGAGGUUUCAAAGACAGAUAAGGCUGCAAUUCAAUGUGCAACUACUCCAGGAGCAGCAAAACUUAUUACAGAUCUAUUAGAAAAAGUUCAUUCUAAUACUUCAGCUUCUGUAGAUGAGAAAAGUGAAUUCAUGACCCCCAGAAUAUUUUUAGUAGAGAAAACAGCAAUAAAUCGUCAAAUUUUUGUAGGAACUAAUAUGCUAACAGUAUUAUUAUCUAUCUGGGAUGAUUACGAUAAGAAGUUAUAUUCAAUCGAAGUAUUAAGGCAUGUAUUCCGUGCCUUGAGAAGAACUAUAUCUGAUGAUUCUGUAGCUACCUUACUCAAAGCUGAUGUAUUGAAGAGGCUUAUAGCAAUUGUGAAAGCUAAAAAGGAUAUUGUAAUUUUGCCAGAUGUAUUAUAUUUACUUGGUUCACUUGCUAUAAUACCUGAUAUUAAGACUCAAAUUGGUGCUAAUAAUGGAAUAGAAGCAAUAUGCGAUUUAUUAAAGGCAUCUCAAAAGAUGCAAGCUGAUCAAAUAGCACCUACUGUUACUAAUGGGUGUCUAUCGUUAGCCAAUAUCACUAUUCAACAUACAACAAAUAAACAACAUUUCUCUAAAUCCAAAGGACCCGAUAUUGUUAAAGGUUUGUAUUUGACAUUUUUAGAAUAUUGGGAUGUUAUAAAUGCCCUUGGUAUGCUUGUUGUAAAUUUAGGAUAUAAGAAGGAUGAAACAAAAAAAGAAUUGGGAGCAGCAGGGAUUCCAGGAGCAAUUAUCCAAUUUUUAAACAACUAUCAAGGUCAAUUAGAUAAGUCUGCAACUAGGGCAUUUGUAUCAUCUUUAAAAGCAGUGGGUAAUUUGUGUAUCUAUACUCCUAAUAUAUAUGUUUUUGCAUCAGGACAUAUAGAAAGUGUUUUCAAGCACUUAAUUGAAAUAUCAACCAAUUUACCUAAGGAAACUAUUGAGAUGGAACUCCGUACAUUAUGUAAUAUAACAUCAGAAAAUGAUCCUAAUCAACUUCAGGCAUUUGGUAUUCUUUUAGACUCACUUGUCAAGCUUAUUCAAGAAACUUCAGCUGAUAAUUCUGAUAUUCAACAUCUUUGUUUUGAUGUUCUUUCUAUGUUAUGCAGAAGUGAAACUAAUUCAAAACAAUUUUAUUCAAUUGGAGGUGUUGAUACAACCAUAAAGUGUUUGAUUAAGAAUGACUAUGAUGUUGCACUAAUGACAUCGGCAAUUCACCUUUUAAUAUAUCAAACAUCAGUUGUAGAACAGUUGGAUCACCUUAUUUCAGCAGGUAUAUUCCGUGUUAUAGUAAACAUAAUAGAGAGUGAUCAAGAUGGUAGUACUGAUCUUAAGAUAGUAUCUUUCCGUCUUUUACGUAGAUGUAUUGCUGCACCAGAAAAUGCUUUAGAUUUUAUUAGUGCUGGUGGAGCUCAAUCUGUAUGCCAAUCAAUAAAGAAUUGUUCUGGCCAAUCUAUAAUCUUAGUUGAGGCUAUUAGAGUACUUUUAGGACUGUUAUACUGUGGUAGUCCUGAUCCAUCAUAUAGUGCACCAGAUGCUCCACGUGGGUAUCAAGUUUGUCAAAUGGAUGUAAAUGAUUGUAAUGGAGUUAUUGCAUCAAUAAAUAAGGCAGUUCAAAGUGAGUCAAAUGAAAGACAUUUAAGACUUAUGAGAGUAGGCUUUGGACUUAUGACAUAUUUCCUAUCAGAAAAUAUGUGUAUUGAGUCCGUAGCAACAAGUGAAAAUAUUGCAACUAUAACAAAAGUAAUAGAUAUGUUUUCAUCAGAUAGUGACAUUGUCGUAGUAGCAUGUGAAAUAUUUACUUAUCUAUCAAAAUAUGCCCCAGAUAUAGUUCCUGGACUUUUUAACGCAAAUUUACAAACUGUAAUAGAAGCUUCAGCUCAAAAAAUGAAGGGGGAACAAAAAAACUUCGUUACAAAUGUUAGUACUGCUCUAGAAACAAGUAAUACAUCAUCUCUAGCUAUAUUGGCUCCAACAUUUGACUUUGCAAUUACACAUUGGGAUGAAGAACCAUAUCCAAAUGGUGUGCAAGAUUUACCAAAAGAAAUUAAGGAAAUGUUACGUAAUGGUGGACGGUUAAAGAUAGUUUUAGAUGGUAAAGUUAGGGAGGAGUUCAAAUGGAGAGCUUCUCAAGAUUUGUAUAAAUUGGAGUGGAAAGUUGGAGCUAAAGAAACUGAGUAUAAUCAGUCAUUACCUAUUGUUAAGAUUAGAAACAUUUGGAAAGGGCUUCAGAGUACUAUUUUAAAAGCUGCAAACAUGGUAGAACCAAGAAAAGUAACUAGCUCUGUAUGCUUUGUAAUAGUUGGACCACCUACAGAAGAUCAACCUCAAGGUAUAGAGUUGUCAUUAAAAGCAAAGUCUAAAGGUGAAAGAGAUACUCUUAUUGAAAAUCUUGUAAUGUGGAGAGAAGCCUCUUCCUAUCGCUAA